AUGAGGGGCUCGGUCACCUUCGAAGAAAGCGGUUCUCUACCAUUCCUUAGCCUAGCACAAUUUUUCCUACUAAACGAAGACGACGACGACCAACCGAGAGGACUCACCAAAGAACAAAUUGACAACCUAGCCAUGAGGAAUUUUGGUGAGAGCGAUGCUCUGAAAACCUGUAGCGUGUGCAUCACAGAGUACACGGAAGGCAACAAGCUCCGUAAACUGCCUUGUUCUCACGAGUACCACGUCCACUGCAUUGACCGCUGGCUAUCGGAGAAUUCCACCUGCCCCAUCUGCCGCAGGGCAGUCUUAGCCUCUGGGAACAGGGAGAGCGUUGUCUAGAGGAGAUCCGGAUCGGUGCCCCGGCAGCUGGUGCGAUAGUGAUGGGCAAAGAAGUCACUUCCUUUAUGGCCACUUUUUGAGUGGU